AUGGCGGACUCUCCCAGCCCCUGGAGGCGCUUCCAGACCCUCCACCUGGCCCUGGUGGCGCUUCCAGACCCUCCACCUGGCCCUGGAGGCGCCUCCAGACCCUCCACCUGGCCCUGGUGGCGCCUCCAGACCCUCCACCUGGCUCUGGUGGCGCUUCCAGACCCUCCACCUGGGCCUGGAGGCGCCUCCAGACCCUCCACCUGGCCCUGGAGGCGCUUCCAGGCCCUCCACCUGGCCCUGGAGGCACCCCCAGGCCCUCCACCUGGCCCUGGAGGCACCCCCAGGCCCUCCACCUGGCCCUGGAGGCGCUUCCAGGCCCUCCACCUGGCCCUGGAGGUGCCUCCAGGCCCUCCACCUGGCCCUGGAGGCGCCUCCAGACCCUCCACCUGGCCCUGGAGGCGCCUCCAGGCCCUCCACCUGGUCCUGGAGGCGCCUCCAGACCCUCCACCUGGCCCUGGAGGCGCGUGUUUGCGAUGCACCUAUAAAGUUUUCCAAUCAGCUGUCUGGCCACCGGGAAAGGAAACUUUCCUUCCUCCUUCAUGUGAAAAUGAGUGA